UCUGAGUUGGAGGAGAUAAUGUGUGUAAGGAAGUCGCAUCAUUGUUUGGUGCCGACUUCAAAAUAUAGUAAGCUUUAAACCAGGUCCUUGAUGUUUUCUCUGAAGGACGCUACUGCUAGACGGAUAGUGAGUGCUUUGAACAAUGAUUACUGGGAACACGUGACCAUUGCCCCUAAUAAUCCUUUUUCUUUAUUUCCAACUGAAUUGAUAAAUGAAUUAGUCCAGAUGUAUAUAACACUUACUAGCCAAAAGCUCUCUCACCGACAGUUGAAACCUCUCCUGACCAGUGGCCGAUUGACCUGUUUUCGUCUGACUGAUGUGUGUCUAGAAACGUGCAGUUUCAUUGCCAUCCUGGAUUAUUUAACUGUGUCUGGAGCUCUCCUCACCGAAGUGGUAAUCACCAGGGUCCACUGUAUGGACGUUUACGCCAAGACCAGCUCAACACUAAGCUGUAGUCGUGCCAUAGAAGAAUUCCUCGCUGUAGCUCCACAACUGGAACUCUUCAACACUGACAUAAUGUUUGAUAUCUCAGCCUUACGACAUGCCACAUGUUUGAAGUGCCUUGACCUGAACUUCUUUCCAAAACAGCAGAUUACUGACCUUCUCCCUACACACACGAACAGUAGACUACAACAUCUGGCUAUUUACGAGGACUCUCGUCACAUAAUUUCGCCAUCAGAUAUGGCAGACUUACUGCAGCGUUGUCCAGAACUUGUUACUUUGGAAAACAACGUAGCACUAGCUUUGGAUUGUCUUCACAGACAUGAGGCAGAAGCUGGACAAAUAAGAUGUCAAUACAACCUGUCUCGACUUGUACUUGGUAGUGGCUACUUAGAUCCCACGCUGGCACCUGCCACGGUUUCUUCAGUAUUAAUAGCUGUUAAUGCAUGUCCACGAAUGAGAGAUCUUGAUCUUUUGGUGGAUGAUGAAGAAGCCAUUUUUGCUCUUGAGACAGCUUCCUCCUUAGAAACCCUGGACAUCCAGUGGGCCGAUGUUAAACGAGGCAAUUUUCACGGUGCAGUGUUGUUUCUUCUCCAAAUUCUUGGCAGUCAUCUUUCCCAGCUUGGUCUUACUAAUUUUGACAAAAUUGAUUUUGCAGCUGUAGCUACGUUCUGCCCAUUUUUGACGUGCCUAAAGGUUGAGUUCGAGGAUGAAUACCAGUGUUUUCCCCCACCGAGUUCAUGGCUUCCUAACCUCACGAUUCUCAGGCUUGAGUGCCAGCAUGAACGUGGUCUGCCCUUGGCUGUGCUACAAUCAUUGCUUACUAACUGUCAUCAGCUAAGACGUCUUCAUAUAGAGGGCGCUACUAACUUAACAGAUAACGAGUUACAGAUAAUUUACAGAAAGAAUCAACUGAAGUAUCUUAAAAACAUGACAAUAAUAAAUUGUUGCUUGAGUGCUGAAGGUUUACAAACUCUCGUAACAAACCACACUGCGCUGGAAGUACUUGAAUUUAGUUCUUUGUUAAUUAACAGUGGUGAGGCAUUUUCUAUUAUCCACACCCUUAAACCACAACUUCAGCUUGCUCUUUAAUCUUGUAUCGGCCUCGGAGGAAGAGUGUACAAGGGAACAUUGCAUUCAGCAAAACAUCAACCAAGAAAACCCUGAUACCUUAUUUACCAGGUUAUAAUGAAGUUUCUAUUGAGAAUUGUGACGAUUUACAUAUCAUCAAACAACUUAUUCUGAUAAGUCGUAGUAAACUAUGAGAUACAGUUUGAUGGA